GCCCCUCCUUCCAUCGCUUCCUUGUUGUGCACUGCUAGCUAUUACCAUAUCUUCUUGACUCAGGAGAUCACACGCUCGGCUUAUUCGUUAGCAGAUUCGGUGAAAUCGAUGUCGUCCGCCGUCUCAUUGCAGUCGACGAUGCGGCCAGCAGCCCCGGGACUUGGGCGCCAGCUGCACGGGUCGCCGCCCUGCCACGGUCCGCUGCUCCGACCGAGGAGGCCGCGGGCGGUGGCGACGGUGUGCUGCGGUGCCUUCCGGCGGGACCACUACGGGGGCGCGCUGGUGGACGAGGGCAUGGCGGUGCUCCGGCGGAGGAUCCGGGAGGCGCGGAUGGCCGAGACCAACUACGAGGCGCCGCCGGGGUGGGCGGCCUGGGAGAAGCGCUACUACCGGGCGUACGUCUCUGAUGUGUCCACGCUCGCCGGCGCUCUGCAGUUGCUGGCCAUGGAUACCAGGCCCGGCGUCGCUGCUGCUGUUGCCGCGCUGGUGCUCGCCGGCGUGCCGGUGUCCGCCGUCUUCGCGCUGCACCUCCUUGGGCAGGCGGCGGGAUCCGUUUUGCACCUUGUUUCUUGAUUGACUAUCAUUCAUUCGCCGGUAGCGUGUGCUAUCUGUGUCUGUAGAUAAUUAGAUACACAGUGCAAUGGAGAUAUGUAAUUCUUUUGGUUUUAGCUGCAGUAUAAACGCAGAGUAAUAUGUAUUUUCUUUUCUUAUUUCACUAGUUUCAACGAGCGAAGGUGAUCCGUCAAUCUUUUCUUCGGUGGCUGCUAUGGUGAUGCCAGUGGUAAAUGACAGAAAUUGGUAUCAAGCUCAGAGAUGUUUUGCUAUCUUUUCA